CUUCACUCGUGACAAGUACAGCGACAUGUGCAUAUCAACUCUAAUGAUGCGGAGACACCGUCACUGAACUAACUACAUGGCAAUUCUGUCGAAUAAAUACCUAUUUUACACUGCAGAGAGAAGACGACGGACGCACAGACUCUCUGCCGUCCAUCUCUAUUUCACAUCCCUUCGCCCUUCCAUCUCUCUGUCCCUCUGUGGGGAUAUUCCAGAUAUGUGACCUGCUCCAUGGAGAUUGCUGUAGAUGGCUGAGGAGCUGUGCACCGGCUGGUUUCGCAUUGUCGCAGGCUCCUUGGAGAUAGAGGAAUGCAAAUCUGCAAUCAUGAUGGAAGGAUUGAAAAAGCGUACCAGGAAGGCCUUCGGGAUACGGAAGAAAGAGAAGGGAGACAAGGACAAUGACUCAACGGGGUCCCCUGACAGAGAAGGGGGUUCACAGAAGAAAGCCAAUGGCGCGGCUGUCAAUGGAUUCUCUGGAGAGAUCGACUGGGACAGAUAUAACACCCCUACGGUGGACGAUGAAGGUUACAGUCUCAGGCCAGACGAGGAGGAGGGGCCAGGAUCAGCUGGCUCCAAACCAGCCAAGGAACACUUCUUCUCCUCCAGCGAGUCGGAGGGAGAGGAGGACCACCGUAAAAAGUUUAAGAUCAAGAUUAAACCGUUACCAACGGAAAGUGCCAACUGUUUGGCCCCCUCGGUAGAUGAACUCAAAGCCUCCAUAGGCAACAUAGCUCUGUCUCCUUCUCCUCUGGGGUUGAUGACAAAGGACUCUGGUGAAGAGAUACAGGUGGCUCGGCCAAGACGUCCUGCACCCAUUGAGGUCCCCACAUUGGCAGCCCCGGCGCUACAAGGUCCCAGAAGUAAGAGAGCCCCAGCAGUACCAGUACCAGAGAAGAAAGCAGCGCCAGUACCAGAGAAGAAAGCAGCGCCAGUACCAGAGAAGAAAGCAGCGCCAGUACCAGAGGACACUACAGCCUUAUUUGGGCCUCCACUGGAGACGGCCUUCGGAGAGCAGAAAACUGAAGUGGGUAUAUCUGAGCCAGUGGUGUGUGGCGUAUGGGGUGCUCCUCUACCUGAGUCUGAGUCACUGAGCCCAGACUUCUCUUUCACAAGACCCUUCCCUACAGGCACUCCGCCCCCGCUUCCGCCCAAGAAUGUCCCGACCUCCCCCCCACUGACUGGCUCCCCCUCUGCAGAUGCUGCUGGUUUGUCAAUAAAGGCAGAAGGCUCAGGGAGGAAGACCUCCGUCCCAAACCUGGAUAACAUUUUCGGCCCAGCGGAACCCCCUGCCUUUGGCGAGGAAUCUGCCGACAAAUGGAUCUGCUUCAGCGAGGAGGAAUCCGCAACCUCUGAAAAACCACCCCCUCCAACGUCCCCACCCCCUCCAGAAGAUCCCCCCGCCCCUCCUGUACCCACCUCCCCUCUCCCUCUGGAUGACCCUGCCCCUGCCCCCUCUCUCUCCCCUCUCCCCACCUCCCCUCCCCCAACGGAAAAACCUGUCUCUCCAUUACCCACCUCCCCACCCCCUACAGAUGAACCAGUGCCCCCCCUACCCACUGUCCCACCCACGCCGAAAGACCCUACACCCCCACCCUCACCACUUCCUCCAAAGGACCCUACACCACCCCCCACUCCCACACCCACUGUUGUCCCCACUCUCGACUUAACCUCCAGCAUCGCCCCUGCUCCCCUUGUCACCUCACCCACCAGCGUUGCCCCUGUCCCCUCUGCGGUUCCCUCUUCUCCCAAAGCAAGCACACCUGUCUCCCCCACCAGCCCCCCUGCCCCUGUGGAGGCACCCUCACGCACCAUCCCCCGGCCCCUCGUCUUGGCCGCGGAGGAACGGAGGAGUCCUGAAGCAGCAGCGCUGCCUGUCCCACCUGCCCCUCCGAAAGAGGACCUCAGUGAAACCACCACCACCCUGUCACCCAAAGAUGCUGGCCAGGUUUCCCGUGUUGCGCCUCCCCCACCUCCACCCCCUACAUACAGGGCAGUGGUGUCCUCUCCAGGACCAACGACAGGGGGUACGGGUAGUGGAGCGUCCUCUCCGGCUCGACCUGCUACACCGUCAGCUCCAUCAGCUGUUGUCAGCAGCCCCACCCCACCCCCACCUCCGCCACGCCCUUCCUCACGACCCAAACUGCCUCCUGGGAAACCUAGCAUGGGGGACGUGAGCCGGCCUUUUAGUCCCCCGGUCAGUCACUCGUCCAGCCCCCCUCCAGUCGCCCCCCUGGCUCGGGCCGAGAGCACUUCCUCCAUCUCCUCCAACAACUCCCUGAGUGCAGCCACCACCCCCACCGUCGGUAAAGAUCUCACUGUCUCUGUGUCAGAGAAUGACCAGCCUUCCCUGGUUUGGUUUGACAGAGGACGGUUUUAUUUAACCUUUGAAGGCUGCUCCAGGGGACCCAGCCCUCUCACCAUGGGGGCCCAGGACACCCUUCCGGUGGCGGCAGCUUUUACUGAAACAGUCAAUGCCUUCUUCAAGGGAGCCGACCCCAACAAGUGUGUUGUGAAGAUCACAGGUGAGAUGGUGCUGUCGUUUCCAGCGGGGAUCACUCGGCACUUUGCCAAUAACCCGUCCCCUGCCGUGCUAACCUUCAGCAUAACCAACUACAGCCGGCUGGAGCAUGUGCUGCCUAACCCCCAGCUACUCUGUUGUGACACCGUCACAACACCCAACCCUGACUGCAAGAACUUCUGGGUGAACAUGCCAAACCUGAUGACCCAUCUAAAGAGGGUGGCUGAGCAGAAACCCCAGGCCACAUACUACAAUGUGGACAUGCUCAAGUACCAGGUAUCGGCGCAGGGCCUCGUUUCGACACCCCUGAACCUGGCAGCCAGUUGGCGGUGUGUGCCCACCAGCACGGACCUCCGGAUAGACUACAAAUACAACGGCCGCGCCAUGACGACACCCGUGGCUCUCAACAACGUCCAGUUCCUGAUCCACGUGGACGGAGGGGUCACCAAGCUACAGGCUGUGCUUCCCCCCGCCGCCUGGAAUGCAGAGCAGCAGAGAAUCCUGUGGAAGAUUCCUGAUAUUUCCCAGAAAUCUGAAAAUGGAGGCGUUGGCUCAUUGUUGGCACGGUUCCAGCUGUCGGAGGGUCCCAGUAAGCCCUCUUCCCUGGCGGUCCAGUUCACCAGUGAGGGCAGCACUCUGUCGGGCUGUGAUAUAGAGCUGGCAGGGCCCGGGUACCGCUUCUCACUCGUCAAGAAGAGGUUCGCAGCAGGAAAAUACUUGGCAGACAACUGAUACUCAACCCUACUACUGCACAACACUACUGAACAAAUACACUGAAACGUCAUCAUCUCAAUGGACUUCGACUGAGUAAUGGAAACCUACAACACCACCACCUCCCUACAGACAGACAUACAAACACUCCUUUCUAAACCCGCGAGAUAGACAGGCCCAGGUCACACCGCCUACUGUACCCAGCAGUAUUGUAUAACUUGCAUUUAGCGUUGUGGACAGUUUUAAAGGUGUAAUUAUUGUAUUUGUAAAAUGUAUUCAUUUCAGAACAUCUGUAUUGCUGCAGUUAUAGACACCCAUCCCAGGUUUACCCUCUCUAAAGCUACAUGCCUCUGUCUCCCUCCCCUCUCCAAGAUGUGAUGUUGUUUAACCCUUAACGCAGCUGCCUAGCUAAUCAACCGCACCGCAACCACAAACCCACGGUUUCAAUGGUGAACAAAACUCUUAUUUAUUUUAGACGCAUUAACAAAGAUGUUAUGCUACGAGAGGAUGAGGAUGCAUGUAAAAUAAAGACUGCUUGGUUGUGUCAUUGCGUGAACUAUAGAUGAAUAGGCGCACCAUGAUGUGAGAGGUUUCGCUCUCGCCAAAAUCUUUUCAAAAUAAGCCCAGUGUGCUUCGUUUUGGACUUAAGCUUUGUAGCCUGCCUUCCCGCCUUUGGGACGACUCCUCCCAAUGUUAGGGCGGAGACCUGAGCAUCUCGUCAUAAUAUACAGAUCUCUGGCUUUAACAGAGGGGCUAGUUCUUCCUCAUGCUGCCUCUCGCAUGCCUGUGAUUGGACGCAGUUAGAGCUACCAUAGGAUUCUGGGUAAUGGAGUUUUUAUACGGUUAGCUUUAACGGUUGAUUUGUUAGCAUGCCCUCUACAAAGGCACAACAGGGUCUCCUUUCUUUGAAUGCACUGAUUUGAUGCCCGGUUUGAAAACAUUUACUCUCAUAAUUCUAAUAUCCUGAGUAGUUGGGCAGCUGCAACAAUAAGUCAAUUUCCUGGUUGCAAUAUAAAACAAAUAUAAGACGUUUUCCCUUUUAGAAAAACCUGUACAAAGUGUCAUUUUAAAAUUGAUAAUAUAUAUCUUAAAGGGCGUUUUGGUGUUUUCCUUGUAUUGUCAAAUAGCCUUUGUUGUUCCUGAGACAGCAGUGGUAGACUUACUUCAGAGUACAUUACAGCAUUCUAUUUUUAUUUAUUGAUGAUAAUGAUUUAUUGUAUAAAGUAUGUGAUUCUGUAUAUGAAUAUAAUUUGAUGGUAUCACCAUUUAGAAUCCUUAAAGGUAUACAUAUUGGAAUUAUCUUUUUUGUUAUUUGUGUAGUUGGGUAACCUGUGUACAGUAUAAGGUAUAAUUUUUUGAAUUUAUUUGAGAUAUAAUUUUUUUAAACUCAAGUGCAACAGACAAUUUGAGGUAUAUAUGGCCAUUAGGUGGGAGGGGGUAUAAAAUGACAAGGGAAAAAAACCCAGAUGAAUAACGACCUGGAUGUGUACGUCAUGCUUUAUGAAAGUUCUGACCAUGGAUCGUCAGUCAGCUUUUGACCAUUUUAGGCCCUAUUCCCAUUCACCGCGAUGCGUUCCUACCCACCUGAAAACCCCUGAAUGGAUAUUACUCUGCAUCAAACAGCAUGACCACUCCCCUUCAGAUCAAACCAACCAGCGCUUGAAUCCAUGGCUUUAUUUUGCAUAAUGGUAACGGUCUCUGUGAGAUGACAUGGUGACGAGGUUUUUGGAGGGAGGUUAGAUGACCAAAACGCUUUUUGUAUUUAUGUGUGUGUACUCCAGACAGUCCUCUAUAAGAGCGAGAAAUAAGCUGAAUAUUUUUAAAACUGACACAAAAAAAAAAUCUUCUUUCAUGUGAAGAGCACUGUGCUGAUGUUAUUAACUCCCUGAAUGCUCUGAUCUUCAACAUAGAGAACAAAAAUGUGUGUGAUGACAUUUAACCUAAGAGGUCUCCUCAUAUAGGCAUCGUAAGUAUGUCAAAAAAUAAUGUCUGUGCUUCGUGAAGCUACAUAGCACCAUUGAUUGUGCCUGUCAUAGAAGUGUCUUAGAGGGUGUUGCGCUGUGAUUACAUGUUGAUUGCAUGUUGUCUGAACAUAAAGCGGGCGUUUCUAUGUAAGGCGUUAAUGAAUGGUGUGGUGCAGCUCUCCGUACAGCAGUCGAGUAACAAGGGUUCGAGCGAAAGUUUUCCGGCAUGGAUAAUAUAAUGUACUUCUACAUACAGUUACGGUAUAGUCCUGAAGUCAAGUGCUCCACCAACCAACUCUGUGACCUAUUGUUUUAUUAAAUGUGAGAACUGAAGAGCAGAGAGUGUGUCUGUGUGUGGCGUGCUAAGCCAGACUGCUUUAGGUUCUGUACUCGUUCUCUAUCAAACACCUGUGCAAGCUGUGUUUGUACAGACCAAUGUUAAGAGGAACUGAUGGGGAAACUUAAGUUUGCUUCUUUCCAACCAAAAAAAAAAACAAACAAUAAAAGUUACGAGCUGGACACACGUUGUAUGGAGCUCUCUUUUCUCUUUGCAACUCGCAACGGAAGUGUUUCUCCCCUCUCGAAUGCAGUCUAUUCAAUAUGUCCUCCACCCAUUUUGAGUUCUGAUGUGCGGCACAGCCCGUCGAGGUUGGCUGUAAAACUGCAUCGUCUUUUAAGCCUUCCUGCGAAUACGCAGCUGUUUAUGAUUGUGUGCUACGAGGGAUGUCAAACGGAGAUGUUACUGUAUCAUGAUUAGCCUUGUGGUUUAAUUCAAUGUCCUGUAUAUAUUUCUGUUUGCUUCGUUUAUAUUUCUAUGGAUAUAUUUGGGUUUUUUUUUUCAUCUAUUUGUGUUAUCCAAUGCACAGGAUACUGAAUAUGCAAUUGUUUAAUGUGACGUACCGUACUAAUGACAUGUUAUAAACGUAUGCGGGAUGACCUACUAUGCUAUCAAGAUUUUCAAUCAUUGUCCGUUUUCUUGGAAAUAAAGUAGGCGUAUCAAUUUG